CAGGUGGGCCAUGUUCGCAAAUGCCAGACUCUACAACGCAGGAAGCUCCUUCUAGUUAAAUGCAAACACAAGUUCUCGCUGCGGCAUCCUGUCAAGUGUCUGAUAAGAAUGGUUGCACUAUAUGCCUGCUCAGUCCAUGUCAUCCUAGCGUUUAUGACCAUAUUAACAGAGGUGGUUGCCCCUGAGGUGCAGUCGAAGUGCUCAGAGUCCAUGAGAAACAUCACAGCAGUCAGUGGAAGCACAGUCCAUCUUCCCUGCCUUGAAUGUCUUGAUUCUUUGGAGCAUUUUAAUACCUUGGCAGUUCAAUGGAAUAAGACUCGAAGUUUCUGUCAUUACCGUAUGACACAAAACAACACUUCUAACAUGUUAUGUAGAGACCGUGUUGAGUUGAAGGGACACCCUGCUGAAGUUUACUUAAGGGAUCUCCAGCUCACUGACUCUGGUGUCUACAGAUGUUCUGUAACAAAAGUCAUUCCUCCACCAACACUGGAAAUAUUCAGCCAUCAGCUGAAGCUUCAUGUCAUAGAUAUCAUCGUAGGAGACCUGAACAGCAGCAAUCAAAACUGUACUCUACAGCUCUGGUGCAUGGUCGUGGGGCUUCUCAACGUCACGGUGAACUUCACCUGGAGCAGAAAAACGAAUGAGGGAUGGGAGGUUCUUCAACACAGAGAGCACUCCACAAACCAGAACAGCACCUUGGAGCUGUGUGAUGGUGGCUGCAACAAUGCGGAUGUCUUCAACUGCAGCAUCAACACCUCUGGCAUCAGUGGGUUCAAGAUAUUUAUAUUACCAUCAAGGAAAGGACUGUGUGUCCAGGACCUGCUUAUGAUCAUCGGGCUCAGCCUGCUGCCCCUGGCCAUUAUCCUUGUCUUGCUGACCAUUGGUUGCAUUACAUAUCAAAAAAGAAGAAGACAGCGAGAUGAAGCCAUGAUGUACACUAACAAGGUGUACGAGAACUUCAACUUCACCACUCCCAUACCCACGCCGUCCUUGAGUGAGGACGAGAAACACGAACAUUGCAUUUAUGAGAACUAGAGGCUGCUGGAAAACAUCUGAACUGCAUAAAUUUAUUUUGCCUUUUCUACUAUAGCUACUAUUUUUCUUUCAGUUCCAUUAGGAACAGACUCUAUUAUAUAGAGUUAUUUCAAAAUAAUUAAACAAUAAAGUCUUGUGCUGUAUAAUAAAACACCAGACUUCUCAGGCUAUUUAAUAAUAUGUAAUUAUUGUGGAUGUCUUUUGUGAAUAUGUUAUUGUGAAUGUUAGUAUUUUUUGUGAAUGAUGCAGUCUUUGCUCAGUUUUGAAGACUUAUUGCAGAGCUUCAUCACAUACACAAUGAGCAUUUUUACAUUCUCAUUGAGAAAGUGGUGUAAUAUUCAUAUGAUAUGUACCAGCAGCACCAGUCUUGUCACAGCGUGUAAUAAGAUGUGUUUUGGAAUUUUUUGGUUGCGUUGAGUUAUGGAAGUGUGGAUAAAUAAAUACAGUUCUA